GCUCGCGGACGCGUUGUGGAGUGCGCACACUGCCAUGAACUUCGGAGCGUAACUUCGCCGUUUUUCUUGGUGGGAAACUACGACGAGAUUUAACUUUUUUUUCUCCCCCUCAUCAGAACGCGCAACAUUCGGAGAAUAAUCUAGGUGCAUAUUUUGUCCCCCCCGGUUCCAGCAGCAUGUCGUCUGCGGCGGUCGCUGCCUCGCGCAGGCAGUCGUGUUAUUUGUGCGAUUUGCCCCGCAUGCCGUGGGCGAUGAUCUGGGAUUUUACCGAGCCCGUUUGCCGCGGAUGCGUCAACUACGAAGGAGCGGACCGCAUCGAGUUUGUGAUUGAAACCGCGCGGCAGCUGAAGCGCGCGCACGGAUUCCAGGAGGGCAGAUCACCGGGAACGGUAGGCAAACCGGGGAAGGACAUGCAGAGCAUGAACCACACGGAACCGGGCUCGCGUCCUCCGCAGCCGCUGGAUCGCUACCCGCUCGCGUCGGAAAGACCCCCCAGACUGGGUCCGGAGUACCAGGGGGGGCGACAAGCGAACGGGAUCCCGGUGCCAAACGGGUUUCCAAAGCCCGACGAGCCUCCGGAGCUGAACCGCCAGAGCCCAAACCCGCGUCGGACCGGCGCCGUGCCUCCUAACCUGCUUCCACUGGUUAACGGCAGCAUCCCGCCGGUGCAUGCGCUCAACGGGAGAUCCCUGCAGAUGGGAAUCCCCCCGGUUGCGUUAACGGCGGAGCAUGUGGGCAAACGCGCGGAAGACAUGAAGGACAAACACCGCGCCGACAGCAUGAGCGACGCGAGCGACGGACACAAGGACUGGACGCAGAAGGGCAAGACGGUGCGGGAACUGAUGACUCUGCAGAGCCUCGACUCCCGGUUUAAGAAGGAGCAUGCACCGCUGGCGCACCGGAUGGGAUACGAGAGCAGCUCCAGUGCCUUAAAAACAGAUCGCGGUAAGCACUCUCGGGGCAUUAAAAGGAAACCCUCUCCCGAGCCGGACGGGGAAAGCAGCGCCGCCAAGAUGAACGGCGAGAGUCAGCCGUGGCUGCCGUCUCCGUCUGAGGUGCUCAAGAUGCCCUCGGGAUUCGCCGUCGCUCCUCCCUCCACGAUCUCCCCGCAUUCGCGCACUACACCGCCAGAGGCGUCCACCGCCGUGCAGAACGGGCAGUCGCCGAUGGCCGCGCUAAUUUUGGCCGCGGACAACGCCGGAACCGGCUCGCCUAAAGACGCCGGAAACCAGGUGCACUCCACGACCACGUCAGCCGCGGGACGGCGGAACAGCGGAAGCCCACAGUCGCCCUCGUCUGGACAAAGGCGGCUCACGCUGGGAACGUCGGGAACAGCGACCGCGCACAUCCCAGGCAUGGACCCGCAGGCCGGGCAUCCGCAGAGCAUUCCCGAUUCCUCGGUGCCGCCUGGAAGCGUGCCGUUGUGCUGCACCCUGUGCCACGAGCGCCUCGAGGACACACAUUUCGUCCAGUGCCCGUCGGUGCCAUCGCACAAGUUCUGUUUCCCGUGUUCUCGCGAGAGCAUCAAACAGCAGGGGGCGACGGGAGAGGUUUACUGCCCGAGUGGCGAGAAAUGCCCGCUUGUUGGAUCCAACGUACCCUGGGCGUUCAUGCAGGGCGAAAUAGCCACCAUUUUGGCUGGGGACGUAAAGGUUAAAAAGGAGCGGGACCCUUGAUUUUUCUUUUUCUUUUUUUUUUGCUCAAAAUAUCCCCCAGGUUUAAAAAAAAAAGUACUCUUCCAUAAUGUACUUGUCAAACGAUUAAUCGCGAUUAAUCGCAUCCAAAAUGAAGGUUUUUGUUUACAUAAUAUAUGCGUGUUUACUGUGUAUAUUUAUUAUGUGUAUAUAUAAAUACAAACACAUUCAUGUGUAUAUAUUUAAGAAAAAUAUGUUAUGUUUAUAUAUUAAAUAUAUAAAUGUAUAUACAUGUAAAUAUUUUCAAAAUAUAUAUACUGUAGGUGUGUGUAUUUAUAUAUAUAUAUAUAUAUAUAUAUAUAUAUACACACACAGUACACAUACAUAUAUUUUGUGAACAAACCGUUUAUUUUGGAUGCGAUUAAUCAUGAUUAAUCAUUUGACAGCACUAUACUUAAAGUGCUCUAUUUUCGCGCACUAAUUUUGUACUUUAAUAUACUAAAAAUGAUUCUUUAGUACUUGUUAAGAUAAACUUAAGUGUACUCAACUGUGCUAUUUUGGGAUGCACCAUGAAUAUGAACAAAAAUGUGCUUUUAACACACUAUCUCUAAAAAUGUAUUUAGUUACCACUUGAACCCAUCUUUCAUACACUAGUGCUCUCAAGUGUACUACAAGUGGUGACUAAUUACAUUUUUUAAACACAGAGACAGUGUGUUAAAAGCACAUUUUACUUCAUAUUCAUGGCGUCCCAAAAUUGCACAUUGAGUACACUUAGUUGAUCUUAACAAGUACUAAAGACUCACUUUUAGUAUAUUAAGUGCAAAAUUAGCACGUGGAAAUAGAGCACUUCAAGUACAUGAUGGAAGUGUACUUUUUUUUUUUUAACCUGGGCCACCAAUCGUAUUGCAUACCAUCCAAACGUGAACUAACCGGACAUGUACAUAUUGAACUUAAGGGAACUGUACACUUGGUAAACAUGGCUGUAUAAUUUUUUUGAUUUUCCCUUUUUGAAUACAUUGUGUUUCUAUAUUUUUUCCGAAGAUAAAAUGGUAUGUACGCGCUAUAACAAACCCCCCUUUCCCCCAUUCAGUGGUUGUUCAGAGCGAACGCUCGGUGUACUAGUAGACCUGGUGGCAGUCCAUGUUUAAACACAGAAUGUGACUAAUACUCUUUAAGCACUUGGCAAGAACUGAAACGCUUUUAGCUGUAUUGUAUGCACUUGUUUAAAAAUUGCCAAAUACAAUUUCUGACCUUGUAAUAACAA